AUGUCAGGGAACUACGACCACCCACCUGCUUCGUCUCGCCGCCCUUCUCGUCCUGGUAAUGUCCGCCUGCCUUCGCCAAAUUCCAUGGCCGACCCGCCCGGAAGAGACACCUCCAGGGAUCGCCAUCAGACCUUUGCCGUCCGCUUUCCCCAGACCCAGCAACUGAUCGACCACUGGAGAUCGUCGAACCCCGAAGCUCCGGAGCGAGAGUCCAGCAGUGACGAAGAUUACGGUACUCUCGUUUCUGAACUCCAGUCCAACCCCGGCACCGUCCAGCUGUUGGAUAACUUUGUCAACUCUCAACCCGGGACCCCGCGCUACAACCAGUCUGCCGCUAGGUACCCAGGCGUAUCCUAUCUUCGUAAUCUUAUCAGCUCAGAAAACAAUCGUCCAUCUCCAUCUUCUGAAGACGUUCGACGCGCCUGGGACACCUUGCACCGAGAAGUGGAGGUUCGCCACAACGAAGCUCGAAAUCAAGACCAGACCCGAGACCGCUUCAACUUUGAGCAAGCGCGUGCCGCAGUGGACAGACAGAUCCAACGUCUCCAGCGGUUACGGUCAGAUGCGCAGGAGUCCCGGAGGUCCCUACCAGACCAGCACACCGCUCCGUCUACGGUGAACCCCGCCAGCGUGGAGCCCCGCCCGCCGACCAACAGAACAGUACGCCGACGUUCUUUCCGCCCUGCUCUCCGUGAUACACUUCCCAGGCCUGCCCUCAUGCCCCAGCGCUCCCCAAGCGGCCGCGGCCGCGUCAAGCGACGUAAGCUGGACGCAGAUGACCACCGUGAAGGAACUGGAGGCUUUCACUACGGUCACAAUGGCCAAGUGGUCCCCGGCCCCUUGAAGAUGGAAAUUGCGAGCUGCGACGGAGGAAUGUUCGAUUUCGAGGGAGAUGGCACUUCCCCAGAGUGUGUCCUUCGAAAUGACUCGUCUCGUUAUCGAUCGUUGUCCGAUCGCUGCAAUUUGAUUCUUCGACACCGGGGCGAAGCGCCCUUCUGCUUGCAGAAACUCGUGAUCAAAGCCCCAGGAGUUGGGUUUGAUGCAUCGAUUCAAGAAGGAAUGGUGUUUGUCUCCAUGGCCUCCGAUGAAUUGCUCCACCGCACCGCCCGGUACCAGAUACAGUACUCCCAUUCCCGCCAUCGCCGCCGCCUUGCUCGUCGCUCCAAUGUCACGCCCUCUAUGGAGUAUCUGAACGGCUUUCGUCCUCCACUGCGGUCUCUCCAGCGCACUGUUCUCAUGAGCCCCGAUUCACAAGUCACUCGAGAUGCAGGAAUAGAAAAUGGUGAGACUAAUGAUACCCAUGCUGAAUUCAGGGUCACUAUCGACGACAAGGAGACCGGUGAUGAAAACGUUUUUCUGGAUUCUGUUGAUGAUGAUAUUCCCACCAUCUCGGAGAUUGAGCGUGCUCUUGAGGAGGAUUUUCUUUCCGAUAGCGAUGACGAUAUUAUCACGGAUGAUGACGACGACGAGGACGAAGAUUCUGCUACGAAUGCCUUCAGUAGCCGUCGCAGGCAGGGAAUGCGCCGUCAAUUUGAGUCCAACCCACGUCGGGGCUAUUCCGACCCUGCCCAGCGGCGUCGUCAGUAUCCAAGCCUUAUUGAUCCGCUCCCGCAAUCUUCGUCUGCCCCAUCUAAUGCCGCUGUCCUCACCCCGCAUGCUCGUUUCUUCAUUGAGAGAGACAAGGGUAUGGUCAGCAUCAAGUUCGACCCGCCCCCAUCCGGAAGAUUCAUUCUUGUAAAGCUUUGGAGUCCGCGUUCGGACAUCAACAUUGAUAUCCAAAGUAUCAUUGCGCAUGGGUUUGCAGGCCCCCGGUUCUUCCCAAGUGGUGGACUACCGCGUUUAGGCGUCAGUUGUUUCAAUGGAUCUUUCGAUAAAGGUCUAAUCACGCGGAACCAGAGUAAAGAUUCGAGUAGUGACAGCUCGGAGUUGCCCCAGUCGAGCUCUUCUGUCGAAUUCAUCCUCUUCCCUUCUUUGCCCGCUUGCUCCAACUUUGAGGCGUUCAGUUCCAAUGAAGCUCCAUCUAGUCGGGUCAACAUCCUUUCCAACGGCUGUUGUCCUGCUCUCCCUACGCGUGUUUUGGGUGGGUCUACACGUCUUCGCCCAUCUCCCGAUCCCCCCCAAGCCUUUGCCUUUCACUGUAUCAAGAUGCCAGACGCGCCUACCGAACAGCCCUUCAGGCUCCUGGACCUGCCUCCAGAGCUUCGACUCAUGAUCUAUGAGCGCAUUCUCCUUUACCGCAUCCCAAAAGUAGUCGACCACUCAGACCCUUUCCACGCCGGCAACUUUUGGACGGUAGGCCAACUCGGCUCCCCUGCCAUCAGGGCCACUUGCCGUCAAGUUGAAUGUGGCAGCUCGACGUUUGCGCAGUGGGCUCCAGCGGGCACAAAUCAACUACAUACGCAACAUGUAAUGCCGCGGGUGGGAGAGGCUAUCCUGCUGUUAGCCCAAACCCCACAUCAAGGACUAGCAUAA